AUGGCGGCGGCAGACCCGGCGGCCAAGCGCCGCCUGUACGCGUGGAUCGCCUACAACGUCGCUCUCUAUGCUGCGAUCGUCGUGUCCGGCGCCAUCCUCUUCAUGGUCAUGGUGGGGAUGAUUACCGUCGGCGGCGGGGACGCGGACGUCAAGGACGACUGGAUCGAGGUCAACUCGCAGAUCCUCAACGGGGUCUUCACGUGGAUGGCAAUCACCAACCACCCCUUUUUCCUCUACCGACUGGUCAAGACGCUGCAGGUGCUGGGCGUCCGGCGCUGGGACUGGGCGUCGCCAAUGGCCACGCGCGUCCGAGCCGCGCGCUACUUGAGCCGCCACUUCCCCUUGGUGUUCGUCGACACGGUGGCAAUCCACGACCACAAGCUCGAAGCGCAAGAGGCAGAUGACAGCGAGGUGUACCUGCUGGCGGAAGCGGAAGAAGCGGAGCAGCUGGAGGAGGUCGCGUACGUCCGCAGCGACGCCGAGCACCUCCGCAACACGUUCGUGAUGCUGAACUGGAACUGCUUGUUCCAGUACCCGAUCACGGCUGUUAUGUGGGCCUACAACUCGGACACGCGCCCCGGGUUCGUCAUUGGCGUCUUCCUGCCGCUCUCCUUCAUGUGCAACUUUGGGGGCCAGUACCGCAUCUAUAAACUCAACAAGGACAUCAAGGCCAGACGAGCGAACGCCGUGGGGAACCCCGACCCGAAUCCUACCGAGAUGACGAACAGCGCGGCGGAGGUGUAA